AUGUGUUGUGUUCAGACAAAGUUGAGUCACUUUAAACAAUGCAAAGGAGGUGAGAGUAACAAUCCUAUCCGACACCCUACUUUCUUUAAAACGCCACACAUUCAAUAUUGUGGUGAUUAUAAUUUAGAAGCAAACGUAUGUCGUACCUCAGGAUUCGUAUCCAAUAUAAGACCAUCAAUUCGAUACAACGGUAAACUCGAUGAGAAAGACAACCCAGCUUUCAGAAACAUACUGAGAAGUAAUUACCUUUCCACAAACCAUAAAGAUUUUUUGCCGUAUUCCAUGCCAUCUGGGAAAGAAACUUUACGUUACCUUACAAAUCAACAAGCAAACGAGACAAACGUAUCAAAAGUCUUUUCAACAGGAAACUAUUUUUUUGAACAGAAGUUUAAAGAUAUCUUUACUCCAAUACUACCAAAGGGAAAACUUGUACUACCAACAAAAGCAGGUCCUUGUAACAUCGAAGACGAAAACUUCCAUCAUGGCCUUAAUACAUAUUCUAUGACCGACGUAGUCCAUUACAGUCGAAUUAAACCAAGACCGUAUGAUAUGUUCAAAGUUACUGUCGGUCGUAAGGAAGAAUCUGGAUCUACUAGUAGUAUAAGCAACUUUAAUGCAAUCAGCAACCGUUUCAGAUACUCGUUUACAACUGUUCAACCAGGUCGGAAAACUGAUAAAUUAGCAGGCCAAACUGCUUAUAUGAGUGAUUUUAGACCUUUUUGUUAUAAAAAUGGUUCUAAGCUUUUCUCAUAUUGGGUAGGCAACUUAUCGCACCAGGAGCCAACUGAUUAUGUUAUUCAAAAUAAAAUUUGGCCUGAAUACAAAAGUCAUCAUUCAUAUUAUAUAUUUAAGCACUCUGAGGAUUUUCCAGAAGUAUAUUUGGAAAAGUUAAAGACGAAUGAUUCAGCCGAAUAUCAAAGUGCUACUCAUAAAUCCAAAGAACCAAGGUACUUUGAAAUUAAUGGAGAAAUUCCAUCGCUUAUAAGAACAAACCAUAUAUUAGCACUGGUCUGUCACAAUUUCCGAAAAAUCAAUGAAAUCUCCUGUAUAACAAAGGGCUCACAGAAUGAUUUACAAAAUCAACCUAAAUCAUCAGCUGGACUGUUAGGUAGAGUGACCAUCGGUCGAUUAGAACCGAGUGGUUCCGCUUUGAAUAUUUCUGGACAUGUUCAAAGUCAAGAUAUGCCACUGGAUCGUUUUAUAACACACAACAUGACUAGAUUCUACUACCCACCACCUGGUCAAGGUGAUGGAGACCGAGGACAUAUUCUCUUUAAUACACAACCUCUCAAAGAAACAGCAACUUCAAGAUCAGUUAGACUACAUUAUCUUGAACCACAAACGCCAUCAACUUAUAAAUUGGGUACCGAUGAUCCCUACCAAUCAAAAAGUAUUUUGGCAAGAGAUACACUUCUCAGACGGACGACGAAGAAUAUUAUGUGA